GGAAGAAGGGGUGAGCUUCUGGGAGACCGGCAGGAGGCGCGUCUUGGCUCUGGUCUAACGGCGCCUGCGCGGACGGGAGCCCGACUGGAACAUGGCGACUUGCGCUGAAAUCCUGCGGAGCGAGUUCCCCGAAAUUGACGGACAGGUCUUCGACUACGUGACGGGCGUCUUGCACAGCGGCAGCGCGGACUUCGAGUCUGUGGAUGACCUGGUGGAAGCGGUGGGGGAACUGUUGCAGGAGGUGUCCGGGGACAGCAAGGAUGACGCGGGCAUCAGGGCUGUGUGCCAGCGCAUGUACAACACUCUGCGCCUGGAUGAGCCACAGACCCAGGGAAACAGCCAGGUGCUACUAGACGCCCCCAUCCAGUUGUCAAAGAUAACAGAAAACUACGACUGUGGCACCAAACUUCCAGGACUGCUAAAGAGGGAACAGUCCUCGACUGUGAAUGCAAAGAAGCUAGAGAAGGCUGAGGCUCGACUGAAGGCAAAGCAGGAGAAGCGCUCAGAGAAGGACACACUCAAGACCAGCACUCCUCUAGUCUUGGAAGAGGCAUCAGCCAGCCAGGCAGGCAGCAGAAAGGAGAGUCGGUUGGAAUCAUCUGGCAAGAACAAAUCGUAUGAUGUGCGAAUUGAGAACUUUGAUGUAUCUUUUGGCGAUAGGGUACUGCUGGCUGGAGCAGAUGUGAACCUGGCAUGGGGCCGCCGCUAUGGGCUGGUGGGUCGAAAUGGGCUGGGGAAGACGACACUCCUGAAGAUGUUGGCCACUCGGAGCCUGCGAGUUCCAGCCCACAUUUCCCUGCUGCACGUGGAGCAGGAGGUUGCUGGAGACGACACCCCUGCCCUGCAGAGUGUGCUAGAAAGUGACACCGUGAGGGAGGACCUUCUGCAGAGGGAGCGGGAGCUCAGCGCCCAGAUUGCCACUGGCAGGGCAGAGGGCUCAGAAGCUGCACAGUUGGCGGAAGUAUAUGCCAAACUGGAGGAGAUUGAGGCUGACAAGGCACCUGCCAGGGCAUCAGUCAUUCUUGCUGGGCUUGGCUUUACCCCUAAAAUGCAACAGCAGCCCACCCGGGAGUUCUCAGGUGGCUGGAGGAUGAGACUGGCCCUGGCCCGGGCUCUGUUUGCUAGGCCAGAUCUUCUGCUGUUAGAUGAACCCACAAACAUGCUGGAUGUAAGGGCCAUCCUGUGGCUGGAGAAUUACCUGCAAACAUGGCCCUCUACAAUCCUGGUCGUCUCCCACGACCGCAACUUCCUGAAUGCCAUAGCCACAGACAUCAUCCACCUGCACAGCCAGCGACUAGAUGGAUACCGGGGAGACUUUGAGACCUUCAUCAAGAGCAAGCAGGAGCGGCUGCUUAACCAGCAGCGGGAGUAUGAGGCACAGCAGCAGUAUCGCCAGCAUAUCCAGGUUUUCAUUGACCGAUUUCGCUACAAUGCCAACAGAGCCUCUCAAGUGCAGAGUAAACUUAAAAUGCUGGAGAAGCUACCAGAGCUGAAACCUGUGGACAAGGAGUUGGAGGUGGUGAUGAAGUUCCCGGAUGGGUUUGAGAAGUUCUCACCGCCAAUUCUGCAACUAGAUGAGGUGGAUUUCUACUAUGAUCCUAAGCAUGUCAUCUUCAGCCGCCUCUCCGUCUCUGCUGAUCUCGAGUCCCGCAUUUGUGUGGUUGGGGAGAACGGGGCUGGGAAGUCUACCAUGCUGAAGCUGCUCAUGGGGGACCUGGCACCUGUUCGGGGCAUCAGACAUGCUCACAGGAAUCUGAAGAUUGGCUACUUCAGCCAGCACCAUGUGGAGCAGCUGGACCUGAAUGUCAGCGCAGUGGAACUGCUGGCCCGCAGGUUUCCCGGGCGGCCUGAGGAGGAGUAUCGUCACCAGCUCGGCCGGUAUGGCAUCUCUGGAGAACUGGCCGUGCGCCCUGUUGCCAGCUUGUCCGGAGGCCAGAAGAGCCGGGUAGCCUUUGCUCAGAUGACCAUGCCCUGCCCCAACUUCUACAUUCUGGAUGAGCCGACGAACCACCUGGAUAUGGAGACGAUUGAGGCUCUGGGCCGUGCUCUCAACAAUUUCAGGGGCGGCGUGAUUUUGGUGUCCCACGACGAGCGCUUCAUCCGGCUGGUGUGCCGGGAGUUGUGGGUGUGCGAAGGCGGUGGCGUCACCCGGGUCGAGGGGGGAUUUGACCAGUACCGCGCCCUUCUCCAGGAACAGUUCCGCCGUGAGGGCUUCCUCUAGGGCCACAGGCUGUGAGGACUGUGCCCGGGACAUGGACUGGACUCUCAGACCCCUGGGCCACCAUGUAGGCGACCAUCUCCAGGCCACGGACUUCCCCCAGCUUUGGGGACAGCCUUAUUUCCGAAUCUCCUUUUGACUGGAGCAUCCUCUGCACAACCCAGGGAGCCCCAUCUAAGUGUCUGUGAGGACUGGGCUUCAAGGGAAAGGGCAAGAGGUGCCCUCUGGUUAUAGAUCUGCCCUACUGCCCCAGCUCUGACUGGGCCCCAAGUGGCUGCUGUGUAAAUUAAAUCUGCCCCUGCAUCUCCCUGGCCUUGUGUGUGCUGCUCCCCGGCAGGGCUGCAGCGCUUCUCCGCUGGGGGCUGGGGUCUCCGGGCUCUGGGUUUGGGGUGUUUGUAACACUUGUAUCAGUCACGCAGAUGAAGCCCGUGGCAGACGAGUCUUGUCUUUGGAAGGAGACGUCAUUAAAGCCGCCAGGGCUCCGAGGUCGCCUGCCUGACAUCGGGUGGGCCGAGCUGGUGGAAUGAAGGAUAACGUGGUACAUCUCUGAGCUGCUGGUUGCCACAGCCCAGGCACAGCCUUAGCUGAAGGCAUGCUUUCUGCUGCCUCAGCCCCACACCUCAUGGGAAUGAACUGAUGCUGUAACCUGACAAAUCAUGGUUUGUCAGUUGCUUAGUCCAGUGGUCUCUGAUGUAGGCUCCCCCUGCUUCUCUGGUCUAGAACCUUAGAUGGGACUGAAGAGAAACCAAGAAACUGUCUUUGUCCCCAUUUUGCUUGGGUGGUUUCAUAUUCUUUAUUUUCCCUCAAACCAUGUAGAAGGGGCCUGGGAAGUAAGAGAAUUGAGAAUGGGGUCGAAUGGGAAGAAACAGCACUUUGUCUUUCAAUGAAGCGAUCUCAGAGAGAUGUUUAACAGAGGUUGUAUGACUUAUAAAUACUGUUUCUUGAGGAGUUAGCUGCUCUCUAUAAUUGUUGGAAGACACUAAAAUAGGAACUUUGCGUUCCCAAAAGAUAAUGGAGAAACCACAGUCCACAGAAGGAGCUGGCUGGCCUCUGUGGAGAAUUGACAGAGUUCGACCUAGGAGUCUAAGCCCCUGAGGCUGUUGUGGUGCGUAGGUAGUUGGGGUAAAGAACCUGUUUUGGAAGAAAGGAGAAUAAAGAUGGGAAGGUUCUGUUACCUAGGCAGAACAGGUGCUGAUGGCCAUAGGAACCUAGCCAAAGGGCCACUCAGCAGGCAGCAACCUCAGCCUCCAUCCUCUCAGACGUCUGGCCCUGUCUGUGGCCAGGCGCACCCUCAAAGUCCUGAGAGCCUUUUCCCAGCCCCCUCUAAAUUCCCAGGCUCAGGCCUGCAGGUGGGCCAGUCGGGGGACACCUGGGUAGGCUCCACGCCUGCCUGUUUGCCAGGCUCUCGGCCUUUUUACCCCUCAGUAACUUGUGAAUCCCUUUAGGAGUCCUCAACUCCCCAGUGAGUGAAAAUGCAGCUGAAGUGAAAAUGCUUUGGAGGUGGCUUUGUGUACAGAGAGCACAGGCCUUGGAGUUGGGCCUGAGAUCAAGUCCCAGCUGCCAGCAUUAGCUGGGUAACCACAGCAAAUCGCUGAACCUUUUUGAACACUUGCCUCCCUGGUCUCUUGAUAGGAUACUUGUGAAGAUUAGCUGCAACCAUAUAAUACACAAGUGCUCAAAGUGAUUCGUGGGUGACCAGUCUGUGAUUUGGAGACUAUGAGAAAAGAGGUAAAUUUUCUCUUGAGUGACUCCAGAGGUAGACUGGUUUGGGCUCGAAGGAAGGAAGACUUUUUAAAUAGCUCAGGCUGCUUUUGGAGAGUGAGUUUCCCGUCUCAGACUGCUCAGCCCUGCCAGGCCCUAGAGAAUGGCUCUUGGGUAGGAGGAACACAAUAUAGCCUCUGGGUUAGCUUCCAAUUUUAUGAUUCCAUGGAAGAAACAUGAAGAGUUUUUAUAAAUGACAGUACAAGCCUAUGUGACCAGACUUCGGAAAGGUGGGACAAAUGAACUGCAGCAGCUGAGAAAGAUCUCACAAUAAAUGUGUAAAGUGAACUUUUGGAAGUUAGGGGAGGGUGGCUGGCAAAAGAUGGUUGUCUUGAGGAUGGAAAAUGUGGACAAAGUCACCCGGCUCCAUCCCAGAGAGCAUGGGACAGGGAGGAGAGAGGAAGGCGACACAAAAGACUGCCCAUGAUCACUCCAGGUAGCCCAUCAUGGGAGCUAUGGAGACCCUAUCCCUAGCCAUGGGAAGCUGAUCUUUCACAGCUGCUGGAGAUGGAGCUGCCCUGCCUAUGUCAAGUUGUUAGACCAAUCCCGAGCUGCCAGGGUUGAGACUGCCUCAAUUUGCAGGGUCUUCAUUGAAAUCCUGGCCUCCCUGCCUCUGCUGGCCCUCCCACUCUCACUGAUGCCUUCUCAGACAAUCUGGCCAGUUCCUAGUGGCCCAGGGUGCCAUGGUUCUCUGUAUCUAUCUACAUGCCACUCAAAGAUGCCAGUCACAGAAUUAUUCAUUCCAGUGUGCCAUCACUGUCUUGAGAUUUGCCUGAUGCAGUCAUUCUGCUAAGCGCUCACUGGUUUCCAGGCCAACUUCAGUGCAGAAUAGGAGAGAAGGUGCAUUUUACCCUGUCUGGCCAUGCCCCAGUCUGAUCUGUCAUUUUGGAACAGAACACCCUACUAGGAGCUGCUCCCCGGGCCUGGUCUGGUCUCCCCACAGACACAAACCAGGUUACACCCCCCUGGCAUCAGAGCAUCCUGGCUCUGCUUGAGCCUGAGAUUGUAGACUGGAAGACAGCCUCCAGGAGGUACCAGGCAGCCCCACAGGAUAGAUCCGUAACCUGACUGCAGGGCUGUGAGGGAUUUUCAAACCUGGAGCAAUGGACUCCACUUCAACCCUGAGUUCCUUCAAGUGGGUUUCCCAGCACCAUGUGCUGCCCGAUGACAAGCUGCGUGCAGUUAUUAAUCAAGAUUGUAGUUCCCAGCUUGCCUGGAUUUCCUUGAAUGGCUUGCUCAUUUUUGCAUCUUCCAUAUAUCAUCUAAGCUCAAUUAAAAUGCUUGGUAAGUGAAUAUUUGGGGAAAACGGAUGUGAGAAAAAGUAGAGAACAGCAUUGGAGGAGGAGAGAGCUGAGGCAAGGAGACCAGCAGGGAGGGCAUGACCAAAGUCUGGCACUAAGGACAUGGGGUCAGGGUGAGGGAGGCAGAGGAGAGACCUGGGAGUGUGGUGAGCAGACUCAGCAGAGGUUUUGAGCACUGCCCAAAUGAGGGAGAGCUGCUGCUGCUGGGCCUGAGUCUUGAAAUAAGUGAAAGGAAAGCUUU